AUGGCUGGUAAUGUGAGUGAGUGGUGCCUGGAUACUUACCGCCCGAUCACCAGUGAUCUGGAAAGCUUCCGUCCGUUCCGUGGUAAUGUUUACGAAACCUACAAGCGUGUUGCUGAAGACAAUUCACUGGAAGAUAAGGACAGCCUUGGUCAUCUGCCAACACGUCCGUUAACUGAACAGGAACUGGCUGCUAACAAUCGCUAUGAAACACGUACUAAUGACGUACGUAACUUCGGAGACGGUGACUCUCUGUCUACCUUCACUUAUGGUUAUGGCAAGACUUCCCUGAUUAAUGAUGAAACCAAGACCGAUACCCGGAAACUGGCGGAAGGAGAUCUUUUCUUUGCACUGACAGGGCCUUCAUUUAACGGGAAUGCAUUUGCGGCCGCUGCCUUAAAACAGGGAGCCGCUUAUGCAGUGAUAGAUGAUAGCACGUAUCAAACCGAUGAACGCUGCAUCCUGGUUAAUGAUGUGCUGGGCACCUUGCAAGCAUUGGCAUUACACCACCGGCAGCAGCUGAACAUCCCUUUUAUUGCCAUCACCGGAUCAAACGGAAAAACCACGACCAAGGAACUGAUACUGUCGGUAUUGCAGCAACAGUUCAAUACCUAUGCAACCGCCGGCAACCUGAACAAUCAUAUCGGGGUGCCGCUUACGAUACUCGGCAUCAAACAGGAUGCGGAAAUGGCGAUCAUUGAAAUGGGCGCCAACCACCUGCAUGAGAUUGAAAGCUAUUGCCGGAUUGCCCUGCCGGAUUAUGGCCUGAUCACCAAUUGCGGUAAAGCCCAUAUAGAGGGCUUUGGCAGCCUCGAAGGCAUCCGCAAAGGCAAGGGUAAGUUUCCGGAGUACCACAAAACCGAUGGAAACGGCGAUCAGCCGGAACCCGGUCAGGAUAAGCUUACCAAG